AUGCCUUACUGCCACAGACGUGUGUGUCCUAUUUGCGGAAAACAGGAUUUACUAAAGCUAAGCGAACACUUACGUCAGGUUCAUCAUUUAUCUAGCGAUGAACGACAAUUGUACUUGAAGAACGCUACAUUUUCACAGUCGUUCUCACCAAUUCUUAAUGCUUCAGGAUGUUUAGAGAUACAACCUUACCCUGAGUUUAAGUUUCAACACCCGGCAUCAAUGAUGGUCGUAGGACCUACUCAGAGUGGGAAAUCCUAUUUUGUGGAACAAUUGCUUUCAAGCAAACGUAUCAAAUACCCAAGUAGGAAAACCACAAAGAUUCAAUGGUUUUACACCCAGUGGCAACCACUGUAUGAACGCAUACAAUCGACACUCGGGAAAAGUAUUACGUUUACUCAAGGGUUACCAGUAGUAAACGACAAUUUAGAAGACAUCAAUGAUCAGGUUCAUAACCUAUGGGUGUUUGAUGACUUGAUGGAAGAAGCUGUGCAAAGUCCACUCAUAUCUCAGCUGUUUACUCGUGGCCGUCAUCGUAAUUUAAGUGUCAUUUUACUGUUACAAAAUAUGUUUCCCAAGGGGAAAUUUAAUACCAACAUUUCACGAAACGCCCUAUACAUGGUAUUGUUUCGUAGUCCUAGUGAUCGAAAACAAAUGGACAUCAUGGCGGAGCGAACAUUUGCGAAGGAUAGACCGAAAUUUAUGUCUGCUUAUAUGAAAGAAACCGAAAAACCCUACGGGUAUAUUAUUUUAGACAAUCACCCUAAAACAGCCAGCGAGAAACAAGUGAUUGCUAAUGUCUUUGGUAACUGUUAUACUUACCCGAACAUCACAAAAAGUACGCACACAGUCCCAAAGAUAACAGACGUACAACCAGCAGUCACACACAACGUUGAAAGUCCGAAGCAACUAGUCAAACGUAAACGUGAAAAGCCACCCGCAAAGAAAACGAAAACAGUGAAACAGACUGCGAAGAAGAAACAAACGAAACCUACAGUGAAAAGGUCAAGAAAACCAGCUAUCUAUAAACCCAAGGUUAUAAGAGAAAGCUCUGAGGAGGAGGACAUUUACUCCAACGAAGACGAAAAACCAAAAGACUUACUGACAGAACUACGCGAACUCGCUAAACAAGAAUAU